UACCUACCAACCAUCCAGCUUUUUGCAGGUUUAUCUGCAGGUUGGUAGGUAUGAGAGAGGGGUCAUGUAAUACCUACAGUUUAUGUAUCAUGGAUGCUGCAUGAAGAGUGUAUUUAUAGCAUACUAGCCACAGAGAAUAUAUAGAAAAACCAGAAGUCACCCUCCACACCCCCAUCCUCCACCCAAGUAUAUACACAGACACAAACAACACAGUUGCACAUAACAAGGCAGGACACCAGGUGCCCAGCCUUGAGAACUGGGGCGGUGGGUUGAAGAGUCUUUCAUGGCAUGCCAACUCUCCCCACAUGCAUUAGUAGCAGCUGAAACCGAGGUAAUCCGGUGUGAAGAAAGCUAUUCAUGCCAGGACCUUCAUACUGAUUUAGGAUACUCUGUAUAAUAUUAUACUUCAGGUGUAAUCCCAGAGCAAUGGAAACAAGAGCUAAAUACUUCAGAAUAUUUCACAACUACUGACGAUAUUCUAUUUCCUACCACACCGUCUACUGAUCCCGGGUCUCUCCACCAUUUUCUGUACACUGUGCGGUCCCAUUCCAUUCCAAUGGAACGGGGACGGUGCAUGGUCUCUGUUCCAGACCAGCUGGCCCAGUUUGGAAUGACGCCCAAGAAGAGUCACGAGGUGGACAAUUUUUCUAGCUACGUUGCUCAACUUACAUCCAAACUGAACAUCACGCAGGUGCUGGACGUGGGGAGCGGGAAGGGAUACCUGAGUCAGCAUCUCUCACUGAGCCAGAGACUCUGCGUUGUCGGCGUCGACGCUCAAGUGUCCAAUACCCUCGGGGCUCACACUCGAAACGAAAAGGUCUACAAAGCGUGGAAAAGCGCCUCAAAUCCCAGCAAACCUCGCCGUGAUCACCAUCAGCGCUUACCGUCAGAAGGCACUUUGGCUGCCGAUACAUUUACCGGAAAACUCAACUUGUCCACUCUGUUUAAUGAGGAGGGGUCGUCACCCGCUGAUUACGAAAUGGAGGAAGGAGAGAGCGUGAAGAAAAUGGACGAUUGUCGGAAAACUUCACCGUCUUUCUCAGGCUCUGAAGACGAGGAAAAUAAAACUGAAGAAGGGGUCGACAAAUCCGCCCACAAGAUCUCACAAAUAGGCCUUCAGAACAGCUCGGCGAGAAGAGUGAAAGAUUUCUUCGUGCACAAUCAGGAACAGCACAGAAAAUCAGGUGAAAUUUCAAAGAUGCAAGCCACUCACAAUGUCUUGCAAGUGACUCCUCACGAAAGCACCUUCGGAAAAGGGCAGAAAGAAGAAGAAGAAACAAAACAUGUGGAUCUCGAACAGGCUCAAAAUUCAACUGGAGUUUCAGUAGCACAAACUGAUGGGGUCUCUUUCACGCCUCUUACUCAACUCAUCUCUCUCGCCAACAUUGGUGAAGACGACGUAGCGUCCGAGAGCACAGGUCAAGAAUCUAUCCUGGAAGUGGCCGAGAGAGAGAGCGGAGGAAGGUUCGUUAGACAGGGGCACACGUGUAUCGUGGGGCUUCACACCUGCGGGAAUCUGGGGGGCGUGGCUCUGAGGUUGUUUCUACGGCAACCGCAGUUGCGUGCCGUGUGCGUGGUUGGCUGUUGCUACCAUCACAUUACCGAGGAGAAGGAGGAGAAAACAGGUUGUUGCAAAGAUGCCGGGUUUCCUAUGAGCAACUUUCUGCAGACUCACGGUGCAUUCAUCGGGAGGACAGGGAGGAUGCUGGCGUGCCAAGCUGCUAGUCGCGUAUCACUCAUCAGCUCAGGGGCCGCCCUGGAGAGUGUCUUCAGACGAGCUGUUCUUCAGGUACUAUUACAGAGAGACUACCCUGACAUGUUUGCAACAAGGUAUGUAAUAACUGUUUGUGUUUUGAACCGAUACUAGUCGUCUUUGUGAGCUGUGUUAAUAAUUGUUGUUGUGCUGGUCUUAUGGAAAAGGGGCAAGACACUUGUUUGUGGGGAGAAUGAGAAGAGCCCCCCAAUCGUUUCAAGAUUACGUCCAACGAGCGCUCGGGAAGUUGGAUCUCAACUCGAGCAGAGUUUCAGGAGAGGAAGUGGCUGCAGCGUACAGAGAGUUUGAGUCGGGAAGAGUUUGCCUCUCCAUCCUCCUGAAGUUGAGAGCUGUUCUUGCAUCGUGUGUGGAGUCACUGAUCGUGAUGGACCGACUACUCUUUCUGCACGAGCAGGGAAGCACGGAAGAAGUCAGUCUGGUACAGUUGUUUGACCCAGCCAUGUCACCUCGGUGUUUUGCAGUCACUGCUACUAAAAAGACCCUCUCUUCAACUCUACUAUAAUUAUCUAACUGUCUAUUUUUUCAAAACGACCUCUUCAACUGUUCUCGCUUCUCUCAUUGUCUAUAAUACAUCUGUUUAAAGUACUUUCA